UGAUUGCACAAGCAUGUGACACACCCACACUUUUGAUGAUUGUGUUGAUCAGAUUGAGGUCAAAACAAAGCCAUUUUACUUUUUAGUAGCUAGCAAAGAAAAGAAAUGAAGGCUUUACUGAUAUCAUUUGCUACACUCGUAUGCUUGGCCGUGAGCUGCCAUGCUCAGUGCUCAGGAGGCACCACUGACACCUGGGUAGACCAGCCCUAUCAAACAGACCCCAGCUCCCUGGAUGAUCCAAAUGGGACACCUGUUGGUUUUGAUAGUCUCGAUUUCCCCGGCAUCGAUGAACAGAAUGGACGAGAACCCUGUGUCCAAGUCACUUUCCCAUCAGGAUCGUUGGCAAUUCGAUAUCUCUACGUCUUGGUAGCCAGCCCUAUUGGCAGAGUCUGUGUUGGAAUUGAAGGGGAAACGGAGACUUCUUGUGGAGAUGCCGACUUUAGUUACUGUAUCUCUAACGUUGAUGGUAAUCCGAGAUUGGAGUUCUCUUGUGAUGCCUCCUGCGCUCAAAAUGAAUUUACCUUCCAGUAUCGAGUGGUCCUAGAAUCAAGAGCUGCUGACGAUGAAUUCUUCUGCAACAACAUCAAUGCAACGUUCCCCAGUUCCCUGCAAGUCUUACCCACUAACGCUGUGACCCUUGAUCCCAACCCGAGCCAGAGCCCCAACAAUGGAGCCACCAUCCUGUCCCCCCUCGUCCUCGGCAGUCUUCUACUUGUCACCCUACUAGCCAUGCUCUUCAUGCACUAACUGACAAUCUGUGUUAAUUAUGUAGUUGACCAUUAUUUUACUAAACUUGUUUUUAACUGUUGUCGUAGUUUGUUUUUGUGGCUGGAGCUUGUAACAGCAGGACUGACAAGUAUAGCUCUGUUUGCUUAUUUAUAGACUCUGAGUUUAAUUUUUUACUACAUGUCACAUAAUUAUUGCCAAAUAAUUUUUGUUGAUUUGUAUGCUAUAAUUAUGACUCCAAUUGUACAAAUAGUGAAAA